UGCAUCAGAUAUGCAGCGGCGUUCAUUAAGACCAUGGAAACUAUAAAAUACGCGUCUAUCGUCACAGCCUGUAGGAUCUAUCGUUGAUCGGAUGAGCCUGCUUUAGUUGUAAUAUAUUACAGUAGAAAAUCAAUUGUUGCUUCUUUCGCAGUUUGGAAAAACGAAUUUGAUGCGUGAUUGGUCUGCCUUCAUUGAGCGUGCAAAUUGACGUGUUGUCUACUCCUUGAAUGCAAAAUGAAGACGCGAGUGCGACAUGGAGUUAUCGGUAUCAUCAUUAUUACCAUGGGCACCAGUAUCAUGAUUUAUAACCUCAGAUUCACCCGCACAUCACCGUUCCAGUCCCAUGCUGCUGCUGGACCGCCGAACAUAAGGCUCGGGAAAACACAGAAAAAGCCACAAAGACGUUUGUCAUCACUCCUAGAGGGAUACACUAACAUUAACGACCAGAAGCCUCUACAGAUGCAUUGUAACUGCUGUGCUUUGGUGACCAGCUCAGGCCACCUCACAAGCAGCCAGAGGGGGGCCGAGAUUGACCGCACAGAGUGCGUCAUCCGCAUGAACGAUGCCCCCACAGCCGGCUACCAUCGUGACGUGGGCAGGCGAACCAGCCUGCGUGUCGUUGCGCACUCAAGCCUGCAGAGAGUGCUAUUGAGCAAACAGGAGCUGCUCAAUUCCAGCCACGACACAGUGUUUCUCUUCUGGGGGCCCAGUAACUGCAUGAGAAAGGAUGGAAAAGGACUAGUUUACAAUAAUCUCCUCCUGGUCAAUAAGAUGCUACCGAAACUCAAGGUGUACAUGGUCUCUCGUCUGAAAAUGCUAAAGUUUGACGAGCUCUUCAAGAAGGAGACUGGAAAAGAUAGAAGGGUUUCUAACUCAUGGCUGAGCACAGGCUGGUUCAGCAUGGCUAUAGCUUUGGAGCUGUGUGACAGCAUUAAUGUUUAUGGCAUGGUGGCUCCUGACUUCUGUAGGUCUUUCCACCAUUCCUCCAUGCCCUAUCACUACUAUGAGCCUUCCGGUCCCGAUGAGUGUACCAUGUACCUCUCCCAUGAACAAGGCCGUGGUGGCAGCCACCAUCGCUUCAUUACGGAGAAGACAGUGUUUGCCAACUGGGCACGGACCUUCAACAUCCACUUCUACCAACCAGACUGGCUUCCAGCCCCCCUCCUCGCUACAAACAACUCCCACAUCGAUGGUCCAGCUGGCUCCUGAGACUCCCCAGACUUGUACCGUCUCCCAGCCUGGCCUCCCAAAAACGAGUUUGUGUAUUUGGAUUGGAGCUGUGGAUUUUAUUCCUAUUCCUUAAGGCUGCCUUUGGGAGCACCGUGACUACUGGUAGCUGUUGCCACUGCUGUCUGAGUAUGGAGAGUCACAGAACAAGGUGGAUGACUGUUUACUGUUUGGACUGGAAUGUAUGGGUUGUGAUUUAAAAAGUUAACAGUUUAUGCUAGAAUGUGAAAUCAGACAAUCCAUGAACUGAUAACUGUUUUAGCUAUAUCUUUUGCUAUGUAUCUUGUACUGCUAUAAUGUUAGAGCUAAUGGUCUUUCCUGCUUGUUGAACUGAGAUUAAAGGCUUGUUAAACUAAGAUAAGUACAACAACUAACCACAUAUUCAUAUUUUAAGUCACACAUACUAUAUUUCUAAAAAUAAAAGGGAACCUAAUUUAGAUAAUAAUUCAAAUUAAACUUGGUGGACAGCCAAAUCAUGUAUCUUUAGUUCAUAGACUAUGCUUUAGCUAGGUUAGCAGCACCACAGUCUAUGGUUGGCACAUGCAUUCAACAUGUUAGCAACUCUUAGUUAGCAAUCCAACACACAGUCCGCAGGUACCUCCGCGACUACUUCACUCAGAGCAGUUGUCAAUCAUAGCUGUCAAUCAUGACGUCUCACCCCCUUUUUUAUAUAAUCAAAUAACUAAUUAAAAACAAACUGAUCAGAAAAUGAGCACUUGAACAGACAUCAGAGUGAUAAGAACCACCAAAAAUGACAGAAACCAUCUUCGGAAAAAAAAUUGUGGUGCAUUUUGGAGGCAUCUGCUAACAUGGAGGGGACGGUACAUAUGACAUAUACUGUAGCUAGCCACCACGGGGCGAUCGAGAUACUUUGUCUUCACUUUUGGGUAGCUGUCAUGCCGUCCAUCUUUAAGUACAGUCUAUGAUUCAAGCAUGCAGGCUUUUUUCCUGCCACAUCAGUGUGCAUAGAGCAGAUGAUAGUUAUUUUUUAUCAAUCAACUAUAAUCAAUGUUUGUAUUGGUAUAAUGGUUACUAACCAUCAAAGGGGGGUCUGUCGUGGUUUAUUGAUUAUAGGGCAGGUAGGCAGGCAUGUGAGACACUCAGUGGUGAGGGAGAAAGAAACAUGCCCUGAGCUAGUCUCAGUAAGGUCUGUGGUGGCCAAAGGUUCAUUGAUGGUACAGGUUAGAGGUUAGAGUGAAGGAUAUCGUAAACACACGUAACACGUAAGGGGGGCCGAGGGUGACGCAGCAUUAUCUGUGGGGCUGUUAGGUGUUGCCACUUCCCAGUAAGCAAAGUUAUCGAAAGUCACCAGAAUCCCAGGGAAUAUAGAGGGUGGCCAAGGGUUAGCAACUGGAUCCCAUACAGGUGAAGGCCAUGUGUCUGGGUUUGCUCAUAGUGAGAGAGUGUGUUCCUCAGGGGAGCAGAGGGAAACUGGGGAGACAGGUCAAACUGACCGUAGAGAGAUAUUGAGUGAGUACACAGGGCGGGCCCGUUGAAAAGGUGACUGACCCUCAAUAAAGUAUGGAAAAACAUUGAGAAACAGUAUUAUGAGGGGGAUUUUCCUCAUUAAGACUAUAUGUAAAGGAU